UUUAUAUAAGUUGUCAAUUUAGAAUUUGCAGACACCGAAAGUCUAUUCAGCAUUCUAAUGAUCAAAUUUUCAAUAUUUAAUUACUCAACAUAAUGUCUGGUUUCACAGAAAGUGCUUUCGUUAAAAAAUUGGCUGAUCUAAAUAAUUCCUCGCAAAGUAUUCAAACUUUAUCGUUAUGGCUCAUUCAUCAUCGAAAACACUAUGCCACAAUUGUGAAAAUAUGGUUCAGGGAACUGCUAAAAGCGAAAGAUUCGAAAAAACUGACUCAUAUGUAUCUAGCGAAUGAUGUUAUUCAGAAUAGCAGGAAGAAAGGCCCUGAAUAUGGAGAAGAAUUCGCUGCAGUUUUGAAUAAAGCUUUUGAACAUAUGUCAGGAUGUGAUGAAAAAACUGUAAAUUCUCUUGAGAGGCUCUUAGGUAUUUGGACGGAUAGAGAAAUCUACACUAAAGUUCAAAUAACGGAGUUUAGACAUGCUCUGCUUUUAGGAUCAGAGGCACAGCCACCAAAGAAAAAAAGUAAAACUAACCAUAAAAAGAGUACGAGUCCAGCUAGAGAAAGAAAAAAAUCAGAGAAUGAAGUGAUGGUUGAGGUUGAUGGGAAACUAGAAACACAUGUUCAUUUGAGUCCUCGUACCCCUGCUGGCGACCCACCAGAACCUGAGGAGUUAAUUAAAGCUAUCAGGGACUUAGAAUGCAAUAUAGCUUCUGCUGAUGAAAUUGUACGACAGAGGAUUGCACAACUUCCCAAAGAAGUUGCAGAAGUAUCAUUGCUUUCUAAGAUUGAAGACAGAGCUGAAGCUGAAAAAUUAAGUGUUCAGGUUAAUGAAGCUGUUUGUUUACUGAAUUCUUAUAAUGAAAGACUGGCAACAGAAAUGGAUCAUAGGAAGAAAGUUUCAUCCAUGUUGAGGGACUUUUUAGAGCUACAACAAGAAUUAUUGGCUCAAGCUGAACAUAAAUUAGAGGAGUACCAAGAAAAACUUGCCAAAGUUUACAAUGUUCGACAAGAGCUCCGAGCUCACAUACAAAACCUGCCUGAUCUAACCCAACUUCCUGACGUCACUGGAGGUCUUCAACCACUACCUUCUGCGGAAAAUCUAUUUAUGCAAUGAAAAUAUCUCGUUUUAAACUGCUACUUUUAGUUAAAUUAAGUUUUAGUAGAAGAUAUUAUAAUUGUUUUAUUUGUAAGAAUAUCGAAAAGCAUAAUAAAAAUCAGAUUGUUUGUCGUUGAUGUGAUA